CCAUUUUGGCUCGAACCGCGGCGCCGAGCCUGGGAUCCGGAGCGGGGUGAGAGCGUCCCGCAGCCGAACGGGCCCCCCCCGGCCAGCCCAGCCUAGCCCCAUCUUGAACACCCCCGGCCCCUCUAAACGACCAGGGCCCUUCCCCCCUUACACUCCCCGCACGGGCUCGGCAGCCAGCCCAGCCCCUCCCCAUUUCCAGCCCCCUCGGAACACGCCCCGCCAAGCCCCUCUGAAUGUCCACCCAGCCCUUUCCCCCCCUUUCUAGCCCCGUCCCAAACACCCCCUGCUCCCCCCCCGCGGCCAGCCUAGACCCCUCCAAACACCUCGUCAUCCCCCCCAAUUGCCACAGCCCUCCCAAACGGACCCCACCUGGCCAGGCCAGUCCCCCUCCAAACACCCCUCCGCCCCCUGCCCGGGCUGCCUGACCUGCUGUUCUCAUUCUCGCGGCCAGCCCAUGGCGCCCGGCCCAGCCCCGUGCACCGUCCGCAGCCCUGUGGUGCUGCAGGUGGGAGAUGUGAAGACGGACCUGGCCCGGCCCGGUGUGGCCAUCAUCGACGUGGCCUUACCGCCCGCCCAGCCCCUGGAUUUGCAGGAAAUCGUCUUUAAGAACUCCUACACGGCUUUCCUGACCGUGCGGGUACAGCGGCGCCGCCCCUGUGAUGUGGGGCGUGAGGGCGCCAGGAAGUGGGUCACCUGCUUGUGGAAUCACUGCCUGAUGCCCAGCCCGCACACAGAGACCGGCUCCCAGGAUUACUUCUCUCUCUUCAGGCAUCAGAUGCUUUGUGAUGUGGAUCAGGUGACCGCUGUGCGUUUGAUUCUUCGCCAGCCCUCGCCUGUUUGGCUGCACUUCACCCUGGAGGAGCUGCGGCUCUACCCCAAGGGCCAGCAGAGCCUGCAGACAGAUUUCCCGACCUGGCUGUCCCACCUGGCCCCCCAGCAGCAGCCAGAAAACCUGCAUGGGGUAAGCAUGCUCCUCAUGAGCAGCGCUGGAGCUGGGGUCUCCAGGGGAGCAGUGGGCAUGUCCCGGCCAGGGUUGGGGUGUCCUGGGGGGAGAGGGCAGCAGGGUAUCCCCGACCCGGAAAAGGUGUCUACAGAAGUCCAGCAGCUGUGGGUACUAACAGAGAUGAUCCGAGCAAACCAGACGGCAGCCCGAAUCGGGCGUUUUGAUGUGGAUGGCUGUUACGACAUCAAUCUGCUCUCCUACACCUGAGCUCUGGCCCAGGCUGCCUGCCCUGAACUUACCACCUGCACGGCAUGUUUCCUUCAUCGUUGAUUGGAGUCUGCCUCAGCUCUCCACAGUCAAGAGGGUUGUUUUCUCUCCCUCCCUACCUGUUCUGUUCUCCCUCAGCAUCCCCUACAGCAUCUCUUGGGCUUCUCCGCUCCCUGGCACUGGCCAGACUCCUCCGUCUGGAUCUCCCUGGGGCCUGCGGACUUCCUCUUCUCCUGGCACUACAUAAGCUCCCCGUUCUGGGCCUGGCAGGCAUGUCCCAGCCUCCUGAUCAAACCAUUCUGUGGGUGUUUGGCAAACGGCCCCCCCCCCCCCCCCCCCGGAAUUUCUGAUUAAGCCAGCUGCCAGUGGGAUCUGGGUUGUCAAUAACCCUGUGGUCGGCGAAGCUCAAGGGAUGUGCUGGGCUCCGGGAACAGAGUUACUGCCCUGAAUGCUGCACCAGAGCCCUCCAAGCUUGGGGCUGCCUGGGGCUCAGCGUGGGGCUGGUGUGCUGCAGGCAUGGGAGUUGUGGGACAGGGGAGGGACUGUGACAUUCCCUGUUUGAUUGCUAUUGCCUGUGGGCACAGGUGGCAUCCAUGUGGCUGUGCUGUGGUAGGUGCUACCUAAAAGCCACAGGGGCUGGGGUUUGUCUUUCUCCCCUCCAGUGCUGCUGUUCUGGGCAAAACUCCCAGCAGACCCAUGCUCUGCUCCCGAGCACCCAGUCCCUUCGUAACGCUGGGGUGUGGGCUAGUUCAAGGGCUCACCGGGCUGCUCAAAAAAGCAGGGGAUGGGGUGUGUCUUGGGAACCCCUGCAGCAACUGAGCCCCACUUUGUGCCAUUAACUCUCCCCGGAGGUGCAGUGGACAGUGCUGGCACCAGACAUGGGGCAAUAGCAUGACUGCCACUUUCCCUGGUAUUCAGGGCAGUGCCCAUCUCUCCCUCGUCAGCGAGCCAGGCCUGAGCAGUGGCAGGAGGUGAACAGCCUGGCCUCUCCCCAUGUUCUCUCCAAGGGGGCUGGAGUAGCUGAGCACCUUCCAGCCUCCUCUGCAUGUAACCUCGCACCCACCCUGGGAGCGGCUGGCCCCAGCAUCCAGCUGGGAACCGAGGUCCAGAGAGACUUGCCCUGGGUCACGUAAGGAGUUUUUAGCAGAGCUGGGACAUGAGCCCUGCUCUCCUGAAUGCCAGCCUAGUGCCAUCCCCCUGGGUCAAUCCUUCCUACGUGCUUGCUUGGCUGCACGUGACUGGGCUGGGCUGAGUAGGACGUGGGUCUUGGGCUGCAGCCAGCCAUGCUGUUCCUUCCAAGUCACUGUGCCCUUGGGGAUCUGACCUUUGUUCUGCCCGUCCCCGCAGGAGCAUGCAUCGUGCAUUUGCUAGAUCUGCACCCAGCUGCUCUAAUAAACAACCCCCAAAGUUGAGCUGUGCUAGUGGUUUCUCCUGAGUGGAGCUGGGCUGGCACAUGCCAUCCUUUCUGCCAGGCGUGGGCAUCAUCACUUCCCUAUGGCCCAGCUUGGGGGCUGCCUGUGCCCAACCCAGCCUUCCCUCGGUUCUUAGAAGAGGGGAGCUGGGGCUGAAGGGCCAGUGUCCAUAGUGGGGACAAGGCCAGGUUUCAGGAGAGCUGGGGUGGGGAUGUGUGCUCAAGGACUCAUCGUGCCCCAGGCCUGUGGGGGUGAAUGAGGGGAAGGCAGUGUUACCCACACAAUCUACAGCACCCGGCCUAUACCCUAUGGAGGGCUCAAGGCAUCAACCAGUCAAUUUACACACCGCACCCUUUUACACCCUGAGCCCUUGGAAGGAAGGCACCAAUCCUUAUGUGACCCAGGGUGCCAGGGCAGCCCUCACUGAAAUGUCAAGGGCAGGGCAGGCUGCAAAAGGGAGAGCAGAUAUUCCCAAAACUGAUGGUUAACACUGAAGUUAAACUCUGCAACCAGUCACAAACUGUGAUUCUGGUCCCCCACACUGGUUAUCGAGAGCAAAAAAAAAAAAAUCACACAGUCCCCUUUACUGCAUUCCAGUUCUCUGGCCCCCAGUCAGCACCUAGGUCCAGUACAGUGAGAAGUUGUUUAAAAGGGCUGCUCUCAUAUACAAAAUGUUCUAACCCCAAAAGGCCAGCCAUGUUACCAGGUCAAUACUAGUUUGGAACUUACCCAAAAUACCAUGCUGGCAGCCAAUCCUUUGGUGUCUAAAACUAAAGAGUAUAAA